CGGCUCGCAGGACACGGCCCAGUCAGCCGGCGCGUACCUUGCCACUGCGGCCCGCCCGUCGGCCGCCGCCCCCCCCUCCGCUCCAGCAGCCAUGGUGCAGCGCCUGACGUACAGGAAGCAUAUCCGCUACAACACCAAGGGCAACAAGCAGCGGAAGGUCAAGACCCCCGGUGGCAAGCUCGUAUUCCAGCAGCUGAAGAAAAAGGUGGCCAUCGACUUCCGGGACGACGACCACCUCACGUGGCACCGCCGCCUGGUCCUCGGCAGGGUGGGCGACGGCACGAAGUGGGUCGCUCUGACUCCGGUGCAGCUGCAGGCGUCGCCGCCCAAGUGCGGCGACUGCGGCAAGGCGCUCAUCGGCAUCCCUUGCCUGAGGCCGAAGGAGUACCGGCUCCUGAAGAGCCGCGAGAAGCGCGUCAACCGUGCCUACGGCGGCUCCCGCUGCGCCUCCUGCGUGCGCGGCCGGGUCAUGCGGGCGUUCCUGAUCGAGGAGCAGAAGUGCGUGAAGCAGGUGCUCGCCGAGAAGAUCUCCCAGAGCAAGGACCAGGACACCAAGAAGAAGAAAAAGAGCGCCAAGUGAGCGGCUCUCUGAGUGUUCCCCUCUCCCUCUGUUCCUCUUCCUCUCUCCCUCUCCCUCUCCUUCCCCUCUCUCUCCACAGAGCGUCCCGCUGGCGCGCGGAUGGCGAGAAAUGCGGCAGGCACAGAUAAGGGAAACCGCAGACACGCG